AUGACAGAGGAAUAUAGCACUUUUGAGCUGGGAGACUGGACGCUGCAGAGCGGACAGGUCAUCCCCAAGGCGCAUAUCGCCUACAGAACGUUUGGCGACCCCAAGUUGCCCGCUAUCGUGUACCCGUCAUGGUACUCUGGAUCGAUCUCGGCCAACUUCUGGCUGGUAGGAGAAGACAAGGAGCUGAAUCCUAACAAGUACUUCAUCAUCAUACCGGCGAUGUUUGGAAACGGACAGUCUUCGUCUCCCUCGAAUACCGACCUCGCUCCUUUCCCAGCGGUCUCUGUCUACGACAAUGUAAGGGCGCAGUAUAAGCUGGUGACAGAGCAUUUGGGGAUCAAGCAUGCCCGAGCUGUUCUUGGCUGGUCGAUGGGAGCAGGCCAGACAUUCCAGUGGGGAGCCCAAUACCCUGAUUUUAUGGACAUCAUCGUCCCGUUUUGCGGAUCUGCAAAGACAUCUCUGCAUAACAAGGUGUUUCUCGAAGGGGUAAAGAGUGCCCUACUGUCUGCCAAGCGUUUCCGCUCUGCAGGAUCUGGUAAGGAUGGUAUCUGCUCUGAAGGUGUUGUUGCUCGCAAGUGGACAGAGGAAGAGCGAGACAUCGGACUAAGGGCUGUUGGAAGAGUGGGCAUGAGCCAGUCCUUCUACCGUGAGAAGUUAUACGAGACGGCCCUUGGGUACAAGGAUCUCGAAGAUUUCCUGGCCAACUUCUGGGAGAAAUACUUCCUUUCCAAAGAUCCCGAGAACCUCCUUGUAAUGCUGCAAACCUGGCAGAACGCGGACAUUUCCCAACAGGAACCGUACAACGGCAACUUCGAGGCAGCUCUCAAGGGGAUUAAAGCCAAAGCCCUUGUCCUUCCCUGCAAACAUGACUUGUAUUUCCCGCCGGAAGACUCUCAAUAUGAGGUUGCAAACAUGGCUCCCGGCGUCGGUGAGCUGGAUGUAUUCCCAUCCAUCUGGGGACACUGGGCUGGCGGCCCUGGAGAGAGCAAGGAAGAUGUCAAAUGGCUCAAUGACAAACUGGUCGAAUUCUUCAAAAAGGUUCCUGUUGGAAAUGUCUCUUAA